AUGGAAUACGUUGGAAAGCUGAGCAGUCUGUUUUCCACUGUCCACAACUUUUAUAAUGAAAUCAAUCCAGCAACUCUCUCGGGUGCAAUCGACAUUGUCGUUGUCGAACAAAAAGAUGGAGAGAUCGCCUGUUCGCCAUUCCAUGUUAGAUUUGGAAAAUUAUCAUUAUUGAUGCCACAAGAGAAAAAAGUCGUCAUCAAGGUCAAUGGAACACAAAUCCCAUACCUGAUGAAACUCGGUGAAGCAGGUGAAGCUUUUUUCGUAUUUGAGACCGAACAUGAUGUCCCAGAAGAAUUCCAAACCUCUCCGAUCAUGGGUGCUACAUCGGCAAUCGAACAUGCGCACGGAGAGAAUGAAUCGAUUGUAUUGGAUAUUGCAGGCUACAAGACAGGUGAUAGUGCAUGGGGUAAGAAGAAUGGAAGCAGAGAGAUUUCAUCCGAUCAAAAAAUGGUUCUUGAGGAUAUGGAGCGUGUAGCCUCGCCCCCCUCCAUUGAAGAGGAGGAUCACAUCCACACCAACCAUAUGUCCCGUGGGAUACUUCAAUCUGAGUCGAGCGACAAGGUCAAAGACGAGAUCAAUGGUGAGAUCGAAAAUGUUGUCAAGGACGAUACAAAAGUGAAUGUCAAAGAUGACGUCAAAGAGGAAGUUAAGGGCGAUAUCAAAGAAAAUGUAAAAGACAGUGUUAAGGAGGAGAUCAAGGAAGAUAUCCAAAACAUAGUCGAGGAGAUUAAAAAAGAUGAUAAAGACGACAUCAACGAGGAGCCUAAAAUCGAUAUUAAAGACAGUGUUAGUGAAGAAACAAAGGUUGAUAUCGAAGAAAAUGCCAAGGACAAGGUCGAGACUGAUACUAAAGAUGACGUAAAAAUAAGCGACAAAGAGGAAACUAAGGAAGAUGGCAAGAGUGAUACCGAAAAGGAUGACAAGGACGAUAACUACGCCAAGACACUUCGUCUGACUUCUGAUCAGUUAAAGAGUUUAAAUCUUAAGAAGGGUGUGAAUUCUGUUUCGUUCUCUGUGUCUUCUGCUUACCAAGGCACGGCGACUUGUGCUGCCAAGAUAUUCUUUUGGGAUCACGAUAUUCAGAUUGUGAUUUCAGACAUUGAUGGCACGAUUACCAAGUCAGAUGCAUUAGGCCAUGUGUUUACAAUGAUUGGCAAAGACUGGACUCACAAUGGUGUAGCCAAACUAUACACCGACAUUCACAACAAUUCUUAUCAUUUCCUUUAUCUCACUAGCCGUGCCAUUGGUCAGGCUGACUAUACGCGCGACUAUCUUCGCAAGGUUGAGCAGAACAAAUACCAGCUCCCAGAUGGACCUGUUAUCAUGUCUCCAGAUAGAUUAUUUACUUCAUUGCAUCGCGAAGUUAUUAUGCGCAAGCCAGAGAUGUUCAAGAUGGCCUGUCUAAAGGAUAUUCAGCGAUUGUUUGGUGGUCGCGAUCCAUUUUAUGCUGGUUUUGGCAACCGUAUUACAGACGCAAUGUCUUAUCGCACAGUGAAUGUACCAGCCUCGCGUAUAUUUACAAUUGACCCCAACGGAGAAGUUAAGCUGGAGUUAUUACAAGGAUUCAAAUCUUCAUAUGUUCACUUGAAUGAUCUGGUAGACCAAAUCUUCCCACCGAUUAACAAGGCGAUUGACGAAGAGUACAGUGAUUGGAAUUACUGGAAGGCACCUUUGCCUGA